AUGCUGCGGGCCGUCCUGAAGCUCUGCUGUGGAAUCACAUACCCACAUCUACGGAGCAUGGCAGGUCUGCAGCGAGCAGCUCUGGUGGCGUUCAUCCAGGAGAUCGCACACUUGCAGAGCCGAGGACAAAUAGUCCUUCCAGCAUGGAGCCCUUUGAGAUGGACUGAAAAGACAGAGGCGGUGGAGCAGAGGACGGCUGCAUUGGCCGAUGAGGACGUGUUUUAUCUGAAACAAGGAGAAGCAGCGCUGAAUGAAGCUCUGAAGAUCGUGGAGUCCGAGGACGGAUGGAAACUGGAGACGGCCGAGAAGAAUGGAGAUGUGAUCUAUAGCAAAGUUCUCACUGGCAACAGGAAGGUUUUCCGAUUAGAGGCCGAACUGAACUCGUCUCCAGAGGAACUUCACAACAUCUUGUUCUUCAGAGUGGAGGAGAUGCACGAAUGGAACCCCAGCAUCAGACGCAUCAAAACUCUGAUUCUGGGUUUCCUCUGCUCCUGCACUCAUGUAGCUGAAGAUGGACCCACCUGCAUCAUCCUGCAGCCGCUUCAGGACCGUCCCGACCGCAGUCGCUUCAUCUGGCUGCUCAACAUGGACGUCAAGGGUUGGCUCCCGCAGUCACUAGUGAACAAGGCUCUUCCUCGAGCACAAGCGGACUUCACUAAACACCUGCGGCGCCGGCUGGCCGCUCAAAACUCAGAAAACAGCAGAUGCUGAGAGUCAGACAUCAACACUGACGACGAUAUAGGA